AUGUCAUACUAAGAGAAAAAGGAUGUAACGGAUUAUUUAGUUAAUGUGCUGCGAUGGACGAGAGAUCAAGUCGAAGAUUUUGGGCCUUAGUGUUAAUGGAAUAAGGAAAAAAUGAUACAAACUUAUAACAACUUUUAUGUCCCUAAUAUUCAAUAAGGAAGACCUUAGGCCCAAAAAUUAUAUGCACAAGAUAUUCAGUAGGAAAUGCUCAAUCAAAAUGAUAUCGAUGAUUAGGAAUAAUUGAAAAUUGGACUAAUGGCUUCUUAAUUUUAAUAAGACAAUACACCUAUCAGAGACAGACUAAAACAUGAUUACUAUCCUGUAGGCAUAUAGAACUUGGGGAACACCUGCUAUUUUAAUUGUCUAUUAUAGAUAAUUUUUUAUAAUCCUAAUUUGGUUGAAUCGAUUUUGUAAUACAAACAAUAAGAGAAUAACCAACCUGGAGAUACUCUUCAGCAGCUCAGCCAGAAUUUUAUGACCCAACUUCAGCAUGUAUUUGCUUAAUAAAUGCUUUGGAAUUAGAAGUAUUUGAAGCCGUCGGAAUUCUAUGAUGCUGUGAUGAAGUUUGAGAUGCAAAAACAAAAUUACAAGAUAGUUCAAAAUAACGAGUUUAGAGAUUUAAGCGAAUACUUUAAUUGCUUUAUGGAAUUAAUCGAUUAAACUCUCAGCAGGAAUUUCAAUAAGCUCAAUGAUCAAAUCAACUUCUUCUAUAAUGAAGACUUGGAAAAGCAAUAUAUUAUAAAGCAAGACAAGUAGCCUUAAUUGUAAUGGCAUAUAGGCAUAUAGAAUAAGCAAAUCUAUAAUUUUUUGUAUAAAGAAAUCAUUGAAAACAAAAAUUUUAUAAAAUAGCUGCCCCACAACCUUAUUUUCACUAUAGGGAGGACAGAUCAUUUAAAUAAAAAAAUAGAGGAGGAGUUUCAUUUUCCUUAGGAAUUGCAUUUAGAUUUCGUUUUACGCGAUUAAUAGGCUACUGAACAUGUUUAAAAAUAUAUCAAUUAAUAACUCUAAACCUAUAAGGAUUAUCAAUAAUUAAAAAAGCAAGUAGAUGCCUUUGAGAAAGUUGUCAAGCAUUAUGAAUCACUCCCCACUUUUGAUACGUUUAUUCUAAAUAGUUUGAAGUUCGAGCACAAACAGAAGAUUUAAGAAAUGAAACAAUACUUUCCCUUGAAUUACCACCUCUUGAAUUAGGAGCUACAAAAGAAUUCUAAGCAUCUCUAUCAAUUGGCUCAAAUAGUUGCUCACACAGGUAGUAUUAAUUAGGGUCAUUACUAUUUGUAUUAAUACAAUUUUCAUAUGAAGAAAUGGUUUAAAUACAAUGACACAGUCGUUGUAAUCUAAUAAGAAUAAGAAGUAAUCAGUGAUUCCAUUAAAUAAGGAAAUAUUCUGAUUUACAUAAAUUAGGAACAAAAAAAGAAAGUGGAACAAUAUUAAAAAUAACUAUAUGAUAUUGAGACCAUUAAAAAAGCAAGGGGUGUAUAAUUGCUCUAAUAUGAUAAUCACCCAUAUGAAUACUUGUCCAAGAUUCCAUUAAAAAUACGCAAGGAAGUAAUUACAAGUAACGAAACCUUUCAAAAUCGAUAUAACGAAUAACAUAAAUGA